AUGGGGAUUCGAGAGCAUUGCUUGGCCGAAAGCCAGACCCUUUGUGAUCUCGUGGGUAAGCGUUGGUUCUUCUUGGUACAGCCCUUUUACCGAAGCAGAGCUUUCACACCUUGUACUCCUCAGCUCAGCUCAGCUCAACUCAACUCAACUCAACUCAACUCAACUCAACUCAACUCAACUCAACUCAACUCAACUCAACUCAACCCAACUCAACUCAACUCAACUCAACUCAACUCAACUCAACUCAACUCAACUCAACUCAACUCAACUCAACUUACCUGUCUUCAACGUCCAUUUCUCUAUCGAUCUCUUCAUAUCCAAUUGAAUGACUUCUCGCUCGGAGUAGAGAUUAUGAAGUCGGUAGCACCAACGCAGGUGAAAGCACUUGUUCGCGGCCCCUUUCUCCUCUUCCUUCCGUCCUCAGGGGCCCUCGGCGACACGGCCGAUUGCCACUUUGCGUCAUACACCCUUUGCCAAACUUUCGGCAGAAGAAGAAGUCUCCAGAGGACAAACAUGGUGCAGCAUGCAGUAAGGACGGUUCUUAUGAUGGAGACGAAACGAAUCGAUCAUGACGGACCGGGUCCAGAGGGACAAGAGACUACGACCCAAACUAGCGGUGACACCUUCCAUUUAACACUUAGUGAAUUGGCCCCACUGGACAACGAUGCAGGUGAAUCGCAGGGACAGACAGUCGCAAAGGCCUAG